AUGCGGUUCCUCACGAUGCAGCGGCCCUUGUUGGCCGUGGCUGCUAACUGCGUUGGAGUUGCCCGACCGACUGUUACGGGACUUGCUUCUUUGGGGAGCGCUCAAUGGGCGAAUGUGCUGGCUUGGGGGAGACGACACGCUUCGGUCAAGGCGCAGGGCGCUUAUAAGAAGAAGAGCAAGAGGGGUAUUCCGAAGAAGCUGGGAGCCAAGAGGACUGGAGACCAGUAUGUCAUCCCCGGCAACAUCAUCUACAAACAGCGAGGCACGCACUGGUGGCCGGGCGAGAACUGCAUCAUGGGCCGCGACCACACCAUCCACGCCAUGGCCACGGGCUACGUCAAGUACUACCGCAACCCGUCGCUGCACCCGGACCGCAAAUACAUUGGCGUUGUCUUCGACAAGGCAGACACGCUGCCGCACCCGCAGCACGCUGAGCGCAAGCGCCGCCUCAACAUGACUGCCUUUCCCAUCCGCGCGGCGGCCGAGAAGCCCGCCCUGUCGCCCUCUGGGAUCCCCUUCGAGGUGACUCGCGUCGAGGCCGGGGAGCCGGACAGGAUCCUGAAGCUGCGGUCCGACUACAGCUACCGCGAGGACAACUGGCGCAUCGGACGGCUGGCCAAGACGACGGGGCUGCGGACGAAGCGGUUCAGGACGCGGAAGCAGUGGUUUAGGCACCGGCGGUGGAGGAGGGAGAGGGAGCUCGAGGGCCAGAGGAAGGCGGAGAAAAAUCGGGCGGAGAGUGGAGAGACGAAGAGCGUCAAGGCUGUCAGCAAGAAGGCGGCCAAGAAAGAGGCCAAGAAGGCUGCUAAGAAGAACAAAUAA